CGGCAGGGGUGGAGCAGGUGAGCGACUAUGAAAAGCUUGUAAACACCAUAGAAACUGGUUUCAGUCUAACCAUCAGCAACAGCCUCAACAGGACAGUUUAAACUCAGCCAAAGACAGAAUGAGCGCUGACGGAACUGGGGACCCGCCUCCAUAUGUCAUACCAAUAGAUGGUGCCAAGGGCUCCGACGUCAAGGUCUACCAUGUGCACACUCCGUUCACCCCACAGGGCACAACUAUUAAAGAUUCUCAAAUCCAAAUGGGAUCAUCCAGACCUGUUCAGUCCCAGUCAACUGAAGCCAAAAACAAAUUCAUCAGCUAUGAUUCAUACGAGCUGGGUCGUACUCCAGGAAUGGCCACCUGCACGCACUGCCAACAGCAGGUCUUAACCAACGUCACCUACAAAGUGGGAGUUUACGCCUGGUUAAUGUGCUUACUCUUCAUCCUGUGCGGGUUUGUUUUAUUCUGCUGUCUGAUCCCAUUCUUCGUCAAGUUUUUCAAAGACGUCUAUCACACAUGCCCGAAAUGCAAUAAGAUCCUGCACAUUGAAAAGAAGCGAUGCUGCUAACCCCGCCCCUUCCCCGAUUUUAACACUGCUCAUGGAUUUGUGUUGCACCUUACACUAUAUGAAGGACACUUUCAGACCAACGCAGAUGUCAUUUAGUACAAACUUGCCUGUAUGAACUAAUGCUUUGCAAAGUUUGUAACUAAAAACCUACUGAUGUUCAUCUGGUUUAGUCUUUUAAUUACAAAUGAAUAUGAAUACUCAUGGUUUUGAUUGUAUAUCUAUAAGGGACUCGGGGUUAAGGGUUCACGGAACCAAAAGUUUGAUUUGCCUAAGUACAGUUACAUCACGUAAUGUAAAUAUCAGCAAUUUUGCUGAACUAUUUAGAAUGGUGGUUCUCAACAAAGGGGCCUCAAAAGGACUUAAUGAUUUUACCAAUACAAGCAUUAAAAUAAGCUAACGCAACUAAAAAAAAAAAAAACAAACAAAAAAAAAAAAAAACUUUAGCAAUUUUUCACUUCUGUAAAAAGCCUCUGAAUCUUUACAAUAAUGUCAAAUAUGUCAUAUGUGCAUCUAAACUGUCAUAAUAAAACAUGCCUGUGCUAUACCUUAA